GGUCAGACAGCCCUCUGGCACCAAUGGCCGCCCGCCUGCUGCUGUUGCCGCGGCAACGCCGGGGCCUGCUGAGGCUGGCGGCACGAAGCCUGAGCUCGCCUGGGGGUCACCCUUGCCACCACCAGCAACUCACCUCAUCAUCAUUCAACUCAUUCAACUCAUUCAACUCAUUCACCUCUUCAUUCUCCUCCAUCCCACGCUUUUCAUCGUCCCCCACCUCCUUCCUCACCUCGUCCACCUUCCCCACCUCCUCCACCUCCUGCUUUUCCACCUCCACCACCUACUCCACCACCUCCACCUUCCUCACCUCCCCUACCACCUCCUCCUCCUCCACCUCCUCCACCUCCCCCACCUCCUUCCUCACCCCCUCCACCUUCCUCAACUCCACCUUCACCCCCACGUCCACCUUCUCCACCUCCUCCACGUCCACCUUCUCCACCCCCACGUCCACCUUCUCCACCACCUCCACCUCGUCGCCAUCUUCUCGUCGCCCCGCGGGCCCCAAGGAGGACGCCGCUCGCCACAGGAGGAGGGACGUGAUGAGCAGAUCCUUCCUGGGGGACGUCACG